AUGAAAAACUCUUCUAUGUCAAUCAUUGAGCCAAUAUAUUAUUUAGAUAAUUAAAAAUCAGCAUAUUUUUUAUAUCAAAUUAUUUAUUCUUAUUUAAGAGAGGAAAGUAAGUAAUUAUUAAAAAUUAGAUUAAGAAAGAAUUUUAGAAAAUAAUAUGAUUAAAAUACUUUGAUUUUUGAAGAAUUCUAUAAAACAGAAUAUAUAAUUAGAAUUUUAAAUCUUCAAAUGAUUAAAUUAUUAGAAGAUAAAUGUGUUUUUUAUAAUCGUUUGAUUAAAAAUUAAAUAUCAUAAAAUAGAAUAUUUGAUAAUUGCUUUAAAAUUUCUCUUAAACUUAGCAAAAUUGAGUAAAAUAUCAAUCAAAUCUACUAAAAAAAUCCAUGUAAUAAAUAAUAAUUUUUAAGUUAGCAAUUAGUAUUUUAAAUUUAAAAGUGUUUUAUUAAACUGAAAUUCUUAGAAACUAUGCUUAAGCUAACAGAGAACAUUCAAUUAUUUAUGAGUUAGAGUCUUAAUACAAAUAAAGUAGUAUUUUAUUAUUAGCAAAAUAAAAUAAAGUUGCAUUUUUAAUUACAAAAUUAGAGGAUUGUUCUUAUAAUGUAAAAAUUGAAAGAGCUUCUAGUAAUGCUACUUAGUUUUUUCAAAAUGAAUUACCUCAAUAUAUUGAGCCAUUAAUUCCAUAAGGAAUUAGAGAUUAUCAUGGUUAUAACUUACAUGAUUUCUUUUAAACUGGUUAAUCACCUAGAUAUAAAUAAAAUGGGCGUUUGUUUAUUCUUUAAAACAAAUUUAUAAAGACAGCUGAUUCAUAUUUAGAUUCUUAUAAUAGCUUAUCUGAACUUAGAUUUAUUAAUAUAAUUUUAGAACUAAAAGAUACUAAAGGUUAUAUGAUUGUUAAUAAUUAAUUUAAAAUUUUUGGAAUAAAUAAACAUCUGUUAGACUUAUUAAAUUUUUCAUAAUCCUAAAUUGAUUAUUUUUAACCAGAUGAAAUGAUUUAUGGAUUAAACAUAUAAAUAUUGAUUCCUCAAUUUUUAAUGCUGAUUGAAAAUAAUAAAUAGAUUUCCUAAAUUGAAUUCUAUUUUAUAAAAUAAUGUUAUAUUUUUGAUUUAACAAAACAUACAAUUAUAGAAAGAUUUUCAAAUUCAAAUCUUUUAGAUAGAUUUGAAUCAUAAAUUGAAAUAUAAUGUAAGUAUCACAAUGAUUAGUUGGCAUAUAUAAUAUUAACAUUUGAUUAUUUAAAAAAGCAAAAUGUUACUUCGAUGCUAUCAAAUUUCAUUGAAUGCUCAACAAAAUCUAAUUAAAGAAUAGAUUUAUAAUAAAAACUCUUGGAAGAAAUAAAGAUUGAUUCUCCAUAUGAUUUUGAUGAUUAAAAAGACUUGGAUAUUUAACUAUUUUAACCAGAACUUGCAUAUUAAUAAUUAAAUUCUCCAUAAGAAAAAUCUUCUAUAUACGAAUUGUUAUUUUAAUAAAAAUUUUACAGUCGAUAUUACGAUAUAUCUAAAUUAAGUGAUGACAUUUCCAUAAUUUAGAAAAAUUUCUCGAAAUAAGUAAGUAUGCCAUAAUUUUCUUUGGAUCAUAAUAAAUAUAAUAUAUCUGUUUAAAAUGUUUGCAUUCCAUCAAAAAAAAAGGAAAAAUUUGAUUCUAAUUUUUAGGAUAAAUUGGAAUUCAUAGAUAAAAUUGCAUCAAAAAAAAUAAGAAAUAUCUUUGUUAGAUUAGCAAUCAUUUUUUUAAUUGUUUCUUCAUUAUUAGGGAUUGUAUCUUUGUUGUUAUAAACAUUUCUGAUAUAAAAUAAUUUUAAUAAUUACAUUACUGAUGUUGGAUUAUUAUCUAUUAAAAAUGAUAUCUUAUAACCUAUGUUAAGUUUCUUUAUUUUGAGAUUUAUUAUAUAUGAUAAAAAAAAUUUAUUGAGUUAGAAUUUAAUAAAUAAGGAAGAGUAUUUUAAUGAAACUGAUUUUGCCUAAAAAUAUUUAAAAAAAGAAUUUGAUCAUUUUCACAAUCAAAUCCAAGAGCUCUUUGAAUCUCAAAUAUUAUCAGAUUUACUUAUUGAUCAUUAUUAUGAAGUAAUUUAUUUGUAAGAAGAUUUUUCUUAUUAUUAUGAAAAUUUUAGUGCUAGAACUUUCUUUAUAAAAUAUUUAGACUAUCAGUAAUUUAUUUAUGCAAUGUACUCUAACAAUGAACUUCCUAAAAUAACUACACCAGUCACAUUUUAAAUGUUGAAUUAAAAAUUAAUAUUUGAAAUUUGUUCUUAAUUAAGUAAUUAAAUUUAUAAUAAUACAAUUACAAGAAAUUCUUAACAAAUUAAUGAUCAAAUUAUUGUGAUAGCAAGCUUUUUAAGUGUUAAUUUUAUUUGUUUAUUGUUAUCAAAUUAUUAUUACAGAUAAUUUGCAAAUUAAAGGCAACAUUUUGGCAAUUUUAUGUUUAAUAUUCAAUAAAGUUUCUUAGAAUCAGAAUUAGAAAUUAUAGAUUUUUUAAUCAACUAGAUUUAAAAUUAUAAUAUCACAUAAUUUUACACUUUUAAUGAAAAAAAUAAAGAAAGAGAAAUCUAAGUAUUACAUUCGUAAUCAAAAACACAAGAUUAAAGCCAUUUAAAAUAAUUUUACAAAAAAGCAAAAAUUGACUCUACUAAGUUCUUGAUUUUCAUCUAUACUAUGUUUAUUGGUUUCUUGAUUGUAAAUUUAACAAAUACAUUUAUUCUUUCUGAAUUUAUUUAAAAAUAUAAGCCUACUGCUACUAUGCAUAAAAAUACUUCAGAAUUAUGUUUGAAUGUUGCUUUAAUUUAUAGUUAAAAGGAAAAAUUGAAUAAUUAAAUUUUCUUUUAAUAUUUAUAAGACUCAGAUUUUUCAACAAUGGUUUAGCAGCUAAAUUAGUCCUCUGUAUAAAUCCAAUAAUAUUAAUAAGAAUUAUUGCAAAUAAAUCUAGUUGAUUUGUUAUUUCAAACUGAUUUUGUAUAUUACUUCUUAGAUUAAGAAAAUAAGGAUUUAUGUCCUUUGAUUAAUUCAGUAUUUAAAUAUAUUAUUUUAGGAAAAGAAUUAAAAAAUUCAGUAAAUUUGUGUAAAUUCAUUUGAUGGAUCUUUUCCAUUAGGAAUUUAAGCUGUUUUAAACCAUGUGUAAAAAGUAGUUACAGAAGAAUUGAUAACUUAAGAUUUUUCUUAACGUAAACCUAUAAAUACGUUGGAAGUGGAAGGUGCAUAUUUAUUUGUUGAAUACUUAUAAAAAGCAGCUGAUAUGGCAAUGAAUGACUUUUCUGAGCAAGUUUUACAUUAUAAAUCUAUUUUAGAAGUAUUAUUUGGUUUAAAAUAGACUAUUCUUAUUUCAUCCAUCACUUUCACAUUAAUUUUAGUUGCACUUAUAUUAAUUGCUUUUGAAACAAACUUAAAACACAAACUAAUUUAUGCUGUUAAAUUUAUCCAUCUAAUACCAAGAGAAGUCUUGUUUUUGGAUAAUUCCUUUGAAAGGAAAGUAAGAAUGGCUAUUCUAAAAGAUCCAAAUUUAUGA